AUGGCGUCCUGCACAUUUGUCACAUUCCCCAAACCACCCUUGUCGCUGGUCAACCCUACCACUUCCCUUUCUCGUUCCCGACCCACCCUUAUCGGAUUGAGAAGAAACUCCCUCAGGAUUCACGCAGUAUCCAAGCAAUGGGAACCCACCAAGGUCGUGCCACAAGCUGAUAGAGUCCUCAUCCGUCUCGAGGAGCUGGCCGAGAAAUCAGCUGGGGGAGUGCUGUUGCCGAAGUCAGCAGUCAAGUUUGAGCGUUAUCUAGUUGGGGAGGUGUUGACAGUCGGGGCCGAUGCUGGGCAGGUAGAGGCCGGCAAAAAGGUUCUUUUCUCGGAUGUAAAUGCUUAUGAGGUCGAUCUGGGAACGGAUGGCAGACAUUGUUUUUGCAAGGCUAGUGAUUUGUUGGCUGUAGUGGAGUAA